GCCCGGAGCGGCCAGCGGACCCCGCCUCCCCGCAGCCUUCUGCGGCGCGCCGGCCCUCGCCCGGAGCCCCAUCGUCCGUGCCGACCCCGGGGAGUUGGCGGGCCGGGCCGGGGCAGCCCUGCCUAGGCAGGAUGUUCACGUCGAAGUCCAACUCGGUGUCGCCCUCGCCGUCUCUGGAGCAGACUGACUCGGACGCGCUGGACAUCAGCACCAAAGUGCAGCUCUACGGUGUGCUAUGGAAGCGGCCCUUCGGGAGGCCGUCGGCCAAGUGGUCCCGGCGGUUUUUCAUCAUCAAAGAGAGCUUUCUUCUUUACUACUCUGAGAGCGAAAAAAAGAACUUUGAAACGAAUAAAUACUUCAAUAUACACCCUAAGGGCGUCAUCCCCCUGGGAGGCUGCCUGGUAGAGGCCAAGGAAGAGCCCAGCAUGCCCUACGCCAUGAAAAUCUCCCACCAGGACUUCCAUGGAAACAUCUUGCUGGCUGCCGAGUCCGAGUUCGAGCAGACCCAGUGGCUGGAGAUGCUGCAGGAGUCCGGGAAGGUGACUUGGAAGAAUGCCCAGCUGGGAGAAGCCAUGAUCAAAAGCCUGGAGGCGCAGGGGCUGCAGCUGGCCAAGGAGAAGCAGGAGUAUUUAGACAAACUGAUGGAGGAGACCGAAGAGCUCUGCCUUCAGAGGGAGCAGAGAGAGGAGCUUGAGCGCCUCAACCAGGUGCUGGAGGCCGAGAAACAGCAGUUUGAGGAGGUGGUGCAGGAGCUGAAAAUGGAGCAGGAGCAGAUCAAAAGGGAGCUAGAACUGACUGCAAGAUGCCUCAAGGGUGUGGAGCAAGAGAAGAAGGAGCUGAGGCACCUUACGGAGUCCUUGCAGCAAACGCUGGAGGAACUUUCCAUAGAGAAGAAGAAAACCCUGGCAAUGCUGGAGGAGAAUGAGAACCAGCUGCAGACACUGGCCAAUCAGAGUGAGCAGCCCCCUCCCAACGGGGGUCUCCAUAGCAACCUGAGGCAGAUAGAAGAGAAGAUGCAGCAGCUUUUGGAGGAGAAGCUCUUGGCUGAGAAGCGGAUGAAGGAGAACGAAGAGCGCUCUCGUGCCCUGGAGGAGGAGCGCGAGUUCUAUUCCAGCCAGUCCCAGGCGCUCCAGAACUCGCUGCAGGAGCUGACGGCAGAGAAGCAGCAGGCUGAGCGGGAGCUCAAGGCUGAGGUGAAGGUCCGCAUGGACCUGGAGAGGCGUCUGCGGGAGGCAGAGGGGGCCUUGCGGAGUCUGGAACAAGGGCUUAACUCCAAGGUGCGGAACAAGGAGAAGGAGGAGAGGAUGCGGGCUGACGUGAGCCAUCUGAAAAGGUUCUUCGAGGAGUGCAUCCGGAACGCGGAGCUGGAGGCCAAGAUGCCGGUCAUCAUGAAGAACUCCGUGUACAUUCACAAGGCGGCCACUCGCCGCAUCAAGAGCUGCCGCUUCCACCGGCGCCGGUCCAGCACCUCCUGGAAUGACAUGAAGCCGUCCCAGUCUUUCAUGACCUCCCAGCUGGAUGCCAACAACAUGGAGGAGCUAAAGGAGGUGGCCAAGAGGCUCAGCCGCGACCAGCGUUUCCGGGAAUCCAUCUACCAUAUCAUGGCAAACCAGCCAGGAGCGCCCUCCGCGGUUCCCCGGGGUGGAAAGUGAUGGGCGCUACCCCCCUGCCUCCCAGGUCUUUUCUCAGUGGGUAAAGGCUGGAGGAGGUGCCAGGGGGAGGUCUGAGUCUACCUGACACCUCUCUGCUCCCCUGUGUGCCCCCACCUGAGGGCCAGCCUCACCCUCAUAGGACAGGGUUGGCGCCUCCCUCACCCCCACCCAGAAACCUACUCUUGGGUUUACAUCAGGCCCAAGUUGGGUGCUGCCUGGUUGUCACCUGGUGCUCACCUGGUGAGGCGGGGAGGAGCCUGGCUGCACGUGGAGACAUUUUAGUUGGGGAGUGGGGUGGGCAGGGCCCAUAGCCUUCACUUGGGCCCACCACAGCUCCCUGUGAUGCUGCUUCCCUGUCUUCAUGUAUAAAGGACUCCCCUCCACGCCUCGAUACCUGCUUCCCUCUGAGGUUCCUAACCCUGUCUUUGCUUCUGAGACCCAUAGACAUCCCUCAACCACGGCCCCUUACUUUUACCACAUCGUGGGGCAGGGAAGAGAGGGACCUCCCACAGGGACUUUGGGUUUGUGGCAUACCACACUUGGGCCACUGUGUCUUCCUGGCUGAGGGGCUACCCACUCACUCCCGUCCUCAGGCGAGCUCACCCACCUGCAGCUUCAGCACCCUUUGAGAGUGGUGUGACUCCACCCCAUCCCUCCUGCCUGCCUACCCAGGGCUCUGGGCCCUGGCUGGGAUCUGCAGCCAGCAGCAAUUCUGAGGACUCUCCCGGAGGACGAGUAGUAAGCUCAGGGGGUGGAACAAGGUGGCCCUGGCUGCUGCAUUGUCUGCUCCUGCUUUAGCCUGCUUUAGCUACCUUGCUGCCUCCUCUCCCUACAGAGGCUUUUUUUAGUGAAGCAAUGUGACCCUGAAAGAUGGGGGGCCUGGACCUGCAAUAAUGGCAGUAGCCAUUGAUUGGCGCUGUGUGGUCCCGGGUGAAGCUGGAACACCCUGUAGGUGGUCUGUGGGGUGUGUCCCUCCGCACAGUCAGCUCUGCUCCUCUCCUCCUAGCCACAUCCUCCAAAGCUGCCUAAAUCCACUGGGCUCUCUAGAAGAGGGGGCCUACGUGGGAUGAGGAUGUUCAUGGACACUGGUGAUAUUAAAGGCAUUGAUUCUCUGCUGCUUGGCAAACAGAGCGAGGUGCCCAGGCCGGAGUGGCACAUAGAUGGCUGCCGGGCAAACCCCAGCAGAGGUGCUGGCCUCCCCUUCAAAUUACAUGCGUGUCAACCGGCAGUCUAGUCCACGCUGGGCGGGGAACCCUGCUCUGUGCUCAAGGUUGCCUGAUGAAGCUAAGGGAGACACAGUUCAAGUCCUGGGUGGACUGAUGUCUUCAACAGUCUCUGUGGAAUCUGGGUGGAGAGAGGGGCAGAGGCACUUAGAAACAAUGCAUCAGAAAAGGAGGAGCCUAAAAAUAAAAACUUUGAACACAUAGGAACCCACACAAACUUGGGACCCAUUUAUCUGAAGUGUAUGUAGACUUUGAAAUGAGGAAGAUGUGUAAAAUCCAGAUUACCAUUUUAUUUUUUGUUUGUAAAGGAAUUAGGUUAAUAAUGCUCUGCUCUUGGAGAAAGAUCUUUUGGAAAUUUUCAAAUGUAUUUUUUUUUCUCCCAGGCCAGCAAUUAACCAGAAAGGAAAGUGCUUUUCCAUGCACAUUUCACCAUUCCCUAGUUUCUUUCCUACCUUGUACUGCCCAUGCCUUGGGCAAGUGUUGAUUAUGUCAACAAACCGAUCAGUCCCUAAGUAUUUAUAUGUACCUAACACUGUAAAUAGAAAAAGAGAAACAUCUCUAUAUGAAAAUAUAUCAGAGUGGAAAUUACUUAUUGGAAUGUAUUGAUCUGAUUUUUUUAAAAAAUAAAACUCUUAUUCCUUGUCCAAUUAAAUGUGUUUCCUGCAGUA